ACAUUGCACACAUAAUUUAGUCGGCGAUAAAAAUUAAAAUAAGAAAUAAUCGCUCGGCGAUAUAAAAUAUUUUGCGAUUUAAACUUUGCUCAAGACCUCUGCUUGAUGGACUAAUUUGUUUUUUUUAAUACGGUUUAUAUGGUAUAAUUAUGAGUUUUCUGUUUUUACGAUCACGCGCAGUUUUUUUUAUUCUCUUUGAUGUGGCUAUUAAAAAGAUAAUAAAAAAAAAUUGCGCAAUUGCACUUCGUGAAACUCGCGAUAAUGAACACAAUGCUUCACUGAAUAUUUCAUUUUUAUCAUCGUUUCUCGCUCUGCUGUCCUUUCGCCGUUUCGCCUUUUACCCUAUUGGGACAUAUGCGUAAUAUCCCGGUUGCUGUAAUAUCCCUUCGGCGAUCGUGAACGGAGAAUUAUGCAUCAGUGACAUGAGCUGACCUUCCUUCGCUCUGACGUCGCGGCAAAGCCGUUCGGUGUAGCGCGAUACCGCCUGUUUAAAAUGACAUCGGUUUAAAGUCCCGAAUGCACGCUCCUCACAUCGUGCUUAUAUCAUCGACUGCGAAGGAACUGUUACGACGUACAACCGUAUGAACGCGAUAACUAUGUUAACAGCAUCUUGUGCACCACGCAUCGAGCACGUGGGGCACAGGCGCGUAGUACGAAUAGUAUUACCGGUACCGUUAAUACCACUUGCGCGAUAUCUAGUUGCUCAGGGAGUACAAGUGUGUCUGUGUGUGUGUGUGUGUGUGUGUGGGAACGCGAAUGACGGCAUCCCCCGCCUUUUUCGCGUGAGAACGAAACUCGGAUACAAUGAUAUCGGGAUAAUCGGGCCCAGCGCGCUUUCGGUUACGCCGUCCUACGCACAAACGACCUCGCUUAACUGUGCUUGAAAAAUGUACGAAGUUUCUCGGCCAGACGAAGCAUGAAUUGUAACUCGGCUUCUACGGAAUCUCAUACUUAACUUUCGACUACAAGCUCGAGCGCUUAAAGUUGCAUUUUUAUUUACGCCUUGUUUCCUCUUUCCAAGUCCGGAUACACUCUUUUCUUUAUUUUGCACGCGCGAAAAGUACGGUCGAAACGAAGUGCGAAAUACGAAAGGCAAUACCGCAAAAUUGCGACGAGAAUCUUUUUAUAUUUGCAAAAAUAUUUAUUAAUUUAGCACCUUAAGAAUUUGCGUUAUUAAAUCGUUGGGCAAUCAUCGAAAAUUGAAUGAUAUUGAUAUUUGAACGGCACUGAUACCAAAGUUGAUAUUUUUUAUUCUAGCUUAGAGCGCGAUUUUUGACGCUUUCCAGCUGCGAGGAAAACUCUCUUUAGAAAUCGAUAGCUCGUUCACUACCCGUUUUAUUAUUCACUCGAACAUCUUGGCACAUUUUCCCGAAGGCAUUCCGAUCCACACGUUUUCCCGGAUUUCGAGAUAAAUUUAUCCUUCCGACGAUAUCGAAUGAAAAGCGCGCGACCGUGCAUUUCCUACGCUGCAUUUUACGAACCGUUAUCCAGAACCGGACAUUUUCGCCCGCGUUUAGUCGAGCGAGAACUCGCGCGUGCGGCAAAAUAAAAUUCGCCGACUAAACAUUCGCGUGCGAAAGGACAUCGGGAGAGCUUUUCCGAUGAGUAUACUCGAAAAUUUCGAGAGAGAAAAGCUCUCGUUGAUUGACACGCCGCGAGAUGUGAAAUACGUUCAAUCUUAGCGGAUAAAAAUACUUUGGUUGCAUAGCGACGUUUCUAUCAAUAACUUAACGUUAUCGAUUUUAUAAAAAUAAUUAAUCCCUUAAUGUCAGAUGUCAAUUAUUAAAAACGUGAUAAAAAAUUCUUACAUUCGUUUUUCCAAAAAUCUUCCCUCAAAUCCGAUUUCCAGGCCAACGUUAUUCCGAUGAAGUAAUUUCGACGGAAAAUAAAACGCAGAAUGUUUGUGUGUCAUAUUUUUGUCCGCCUAUGCUGCGGAAAUUUCACGCUGUGCGCCAGUUCGAAAAUUGCUCGCGGCCUCCGCGUCGGCAUCGGUUCUCCCGCUAUUCAUUACACAUGUCGUCGGGAAUACCGUGUCAUUAGGAAACGAGAGGAGCAGACGAAAAAAGAAUGGAAAAGACCAUCGCGGCUUUCAUGAUUCGCGUGCGCGCAACUUAUUAUCGCGUACGCGUGUACCCGAUAGCAUGCCGACGUGAACUUAUUAUUAGAGUGUGACGUUUCGCCGAAGUGAACUUAAACGCCGUUACCGCACGACUCUUCGUUCACGACUCGGUUGAAAUUGAGAAAAUGUGUCCGGUCCCGCGAAACCGAACCUAGUAACCCAUUCCGCUAACGAGCGCUACUUUACCCGCGGCGUCCUUUUUUUUGUUCGCCGAGAGUCGCGCAGCUUACUCUCGAUACCUCUUUCCGCCAGCGCUUCCCGCAGAAAUCACUUUUAACCUUUGCCACGCGGAUUUGCGCGCCUAGACCAGUCCCACAGUCGUCCGUGUCUAGGCGCAAGGUGCACGGCCGACCGGAGCUUUCUCCCGAUCGCUAACUUUUACUUUUGCCACAGGCAAAUUGAGGAUCUCGAUGUGUCUGCUGCGCUCUCGUACACACUACUCGCGCCGCUGCGACGUCACUUCUGCGGGAGGCCGCCGCGAAACUAACACGGUCCGCGCGAGAAGAAGAUGCAGUCGGUCCCGCGUGUAAUAGCAGUGUGUCGCUUUUGUGCGCCCAGAUUAAAUUAUACAGCGCGUUGAGGAGCAAGUGUUGCGCAAAAAAUGGAACAGCGAGGAAUCAGCAGUGAUAGUUUUGUCAAAUCGAUCUUGCUGAGGUAUCUCGUGAAAACGGCGAUGAUGCUAAGUGAAAACGCGUCUUUACGACGCAGGAUGUUAAUUAUCUUCGUGUCUGAAACUUGUUAUAUUUCAUGAUUUUCAUGACACAAAACAGACAACUGUGCAGCGUAAAAUUGAAAGCGAGAAAUGUUCUGAGAAUUUUUCCGCGACAAUGUUUCGCGGUAAAUAUAUUCGCGUAUCUUCUCCGGAGGGAGAAAGUUUUUGGGAAAAUAAUCAGUUGUAUUUUUUGGAUAGAUGAUUGAAAAAUUACUGUGUGGCAAGUCGAGAGAAUAGCCGAAUAACAUAGAUUUUUCCGAGUUGUAAAAAGUUUUGAGGCCUGACGGACAGGCUUUUGAAAAGUGAUAUGUUAGCGUGAUAGCGCGACCGCAGGUAUAGUUUCAUCCAAAACGUUACUCGGAGUGCAUUUUACGCGCGUGUUUUUCAACAGGCCGGGGAAACAGCAACCCGCACGAGUCCAGUGCGAAAUUAAAACUGGAACACCGCGCACUCGUUGAAACUGUCGCCGUAUUGACGCGAAAUCCCUAUCGCGGCAAUAUUAACAUACGUGAAAGUACAGGCGGCGCGCGGAUAUGUCCGUUGUGCGUCAUUAUUUUUCUAUUUGCAAUUCAGCUGGUGGCACGUACGAUUCAAAGAGGGAAAUCUAUCGGUGUCAACGUAUAAAUAUACGAGCGUUCAAUCAAAAUCGCGCGAGAAACGCGGACGCGACACAUUUCGCGUUUAAUUCCUUGCUGCGCGCUUUGCGCCGUAUCUUGUUCUUUAUAUCUUUCAAAUUGCGAAAGCACGGGGGGAUUCGAAGGAAUCCUCAAUUUCUUCCGGUUCAAUCUUCGGACGUAUUUUCAGUCUUUAGACGUCUCUUUUUGCGCCGUUCGGACUCUUCGCGCGAAUCCGCGAAAUUUUCACGGAAUUUAGGUGCGGAGUAUUAAUCGAGAACAAUUGGUGCGAACAUAAUUGAGAUCGUGAUUGGAAAUCGUUUGCGCGCCGAUAAAUCGAUAGCGGGCUUCUUUUCCGCGCUAAAGUGGAUCUCCCUCGCCGGUGCAACGACCUCGUCCCGGUCUGUCACGAUGUUUCAAGUUUUAACGUAGAUUAAAAAAAAAUAAUAUAUAUAUAUAUACACCACGUGGAUCGCAGCGAUAUCGCACCAGCGCGAAUUGACCUGUAUUUCCGAGCAGUGGCAAGCAUCGAGACGAGCGUAACAAUGUAUAUGCUCGGCCCCCGGUUGAAAUCGCCGCCGGUGGGAGUCUGCCGUGCCCCACCUUUCAUUCGACUUUGACAGUUCCAUUAUGGUAUCGAAGCUAACGGCAAACAGAACGGGUGUAGUUGACGAUCGUGAAUCAACGUGCGCGCCGGUCCGUCAAGGUAUUUUUAUUGUUCUUUUUUUUUCUGUUUCAUACCGCCGAUCAGCGAGCGACAUGUGCGGAAAGUGGGUGCCGUUGUUGGCUCCUCGCUCGUGGCCUAACGUCGUGGCUGUGAAAUUAAACCGCGAUAAACGUGAAAAAUGCAGUUCUCGUGUCGGCGAUUUCCCACGCGCAAAAGCUGGAUCGAAUAAGUGGAUUUAAUAAAGUUUUCCGUUUGUCUUUUUCGGAAUUAAUUCGAUAUGAGUGUACCCGAGAAGUUGUGCGAUUGCCGUGCUGGAUUAAUUUAAUUAGUUUCGCGUUCGUUCGCCGGGCAACUUCGAGCCGAGACGAAUUUUCGUCCGCGUAAAAGAGAGCGGAGCGGAUCGCGCUAACGAGCCCGCGCGGAGUUUUGGAAUUGCAUCACGAAGAAUAUUUCCGUCUGUCGCCUCACGAGCGGUCUCGAGUUCGCACGAAGGAUUUCAACACUCAUUAUUAUUCGCCGUCUUUGACUUUUUCGUACGUGCGUCCCCGAUACGAAGCAGCCGAAGACGAAUGAACGGUAUCCGCCGCCGCCGCCGCCGCCGCCGUCGUCGCGCAUUGCACCACACCAAUAAACAAUCGCGCUUUACUUUUCGCGAAAAUUCCAAUUUACCGCUGACUCUGAAUUUUGCAAAUUUUAUUCCGCCGAAUUCGACGAAGUGACAAGUACGCCGGACAUAAAUAAAUGUUUAUAAUUUAUCGUAGUCGACGGCGCGAUUGUUCAUAAAUUCUAUCGCCAUGGCAGUAUCGCAAUGGAAACGAUAUUACGUGCCGAUUCUGUGUUCUAGAUAUUACAGUGUGCAUUGCAGUAAAAUCAAAUAAAAAUGAAUAUAUGAAUUAAUCAAUAGCAGUUGUAAUAUCGAAAGAAAUUAUGUAUUUAUAGACCACAUGUAUGAGUACAAUGCUUUCAUUAAAGAGAGAUUCAUCGAUAGCGAUGGAUAAAUUGCGUGGCAGCAGCGUAUCGUGAUACACUUGCAGUUACGCAUAUUGAUUAAGCAUCAUUAGAAAGUUUUAACGAUUGCCCGUGAAUCAACCGGAAAAGGCGGACGAGUGAAAAUACGACACUAUUGAUCGCUGCCGAGAGUAGCUCGGCAAUAGUUAACCCAAUUACUUAGUGUCAAACUUGGCAGCUCAAAUCCAAAUGAAAUUUAAGCCGGUCUCCGCGCAAGGACUAAAUGUAGAUUCUGAGAAUUAUUAUAUUAAUAAAGGUCAAUCCAAUGCUCCGAUAAUUUAUUAAUUCGACCUCAAUUUUCGCGACGAUUGUGACGAAUAAAAUCAUUAUUUCAAUCCUGUUACAUUGAUUCUGUUAAAAUUUGUGGGAAUCGUUGGUUAAUUAAAAUUCUAAAGCUCAUUUUGCGAUAAUCAUUUUCGAAUGACGCUACAGAGAGGAAUUCUCUUAAAUUGAAUAUUUCCUUUUUUUCAAUUUACGCCGUCAAAAUUUCACGGAGACAUAAUUUAAUCGAAUUUAGAUCCGUUGGAUACCGAUACGUAUCUUCCUUAACGUGAUUCCUUCGGCACCGGCAAUUAACCAAAGAAUGCUGUGGCAAUUUUGCGAGCUCGCGUAAAAGCCGAGUGAGAGAAACGCGAGCGACGAUGGGUUUGCCGCUGAGCCGAGGCGCGACUCAUCCCCCGGAAGGGUGAACAUUUUCGUGACGGACAGUGAUGAUCGCGUACACCAUGAUCGAGCCGCGCAGUGACAGGGUGACGGUCUGCUCACCUCAGACUCAACACCAUUGCUAUCAAGUGAUACGAACGACAAGAGUGCACCAAAGCUCGCGAAGCUCGAGGAUGGUGACCGUUCAGGAAAGGGUCGUCAGGUCGCGUCUGCAAUUGGGUUACUCCACGCCGACGUCGUUCAUCAAUCGCUUUCCCACGAAAGUGGAGAGGCCCUUAGCGUCGCAUAGCAGCAGCGCUAAUCAGGUCCACGGCAACAGCAUGCACGGCGUGUACUCGACGUCCGGCAGUCAGACGUCCCUGUCGACGACGUCGUACAUCACCGGGCAGUCCUACAUGCAGAAUCAGAAUUACGCGCACGGGCCGCCGUAUUCGUCCGCGGGCGUGCAGAUGUAUCCGCACGGCGCGACCGGCUACUCGCAGCCGCAGAGCUACGGCACGAUGGUGCAGGGCUACGGCGGGCAACCGCAGUCCGCUGGAUAUCAGCAGAGUCAUCUUAAGAAGGGAUCGGUCCGCAACGGCGAUGUGCUGAAGCGAUGCCGACUGCAGACCGCAUACGAGCUGUCGCAGGAUCUGCUCGACAAGCAGAUCGAGAUGCUGGAGCGGAAGUACGGAGGCGUGAAGGCGAGGAACGCGGCGCUGACGAUUCAGCGCGCCUUCCGCCGAUACACGCUGCUGAAAAAGUUCGCGGCCAUCACGGCGAUGGCGAAGGCGGAGAAGCGGCUGAGCAGGAAGCUUCAGGAGGCGGCGGCCGAUCGCUCGGGCGGCCUCAGCGAUCACGAGAGAAUGGUCUAUCACAGCCAGAUAUACAUUCAGCAGACGCAGCCCGCCAACAGACCGAUGCCGAUCAGAAGCAUGUCGCUGCGGGAGAGGCGGCACGCGGACAAUUCGCAAUCGCCGAUACCGAGGAGCCAGAGCGGUCGAUGCGAGGUUCAAGUCACCGGCCAUCAGCACACGAAUCACAGCUUGCACCAGAGCGGCGGCAGGCACACGCCUUCGUUGGCGCCUAGCCCGUGCAAUCGACAUCAACAAUUGCCACCGAGCCCCUGCUGGGAAUCGAGCUCCCAGGAGAGCGGUUCCAGCAUCCAUUACUAUAAUCCACAGGAAGCUUUGUGCGGCCUGAGACAAGAAACGCCACCGAGAGACUUGUUACGGACGCCGUGUACAUCGCCGUCGACGCCGCACAAUCUGCAGACGGCGUUGUCGCAGAAUUGGAGCAGCGCCAACCAACUCUGUCCCGGCCGAACGAGAGGCUCCGCCAAGAAGGUGCCGCCGGAGGUACCGAAGAGAACGUCCUCCAUCACCUCCCGAUCCAUGGAACCGCGUCACAAUGGUCUUAGCAAAAGUGUGGAGAACGGAAGUCUGAGUUCGGUACAGAGCUCCGGCAGCGAUUCGACCAAUUGCGAGAGCUCCGAGGGCGACGCUCAGAGAGGCUCGCCCGUUUGGAAGCACAAGGGAAUUUCGAGUUCGCCGGAACAUCAAGAAUGUGCGAGUCAUACCACGGACUCCGUGGCAAUAGCCAACACGGUGAAGGAGCUCGGGCACUCGCAUGCCAGCUCCGGCUACCAGCUUCCUCUGAUGGAUCACGUGGAGGCACUGCCGAGUCAAACGAGCUACAAGGUGUCCGAGACGGUGAGAAAGCGGCAAUACAGAGUCGGCCUAAAUCUCUUCAAUAAGAAGCCCGAGAGAGGGAUCAGUUAUCUCAUUAGACGCGGAUUUUUGGAGAACAGUCCGCAGGGUGUCGCCAGAUUCUUGAUUAGUCGAAAGGGACUGUCCAAACAGAUGAUUGGGGAGUAUCUCGGGAAUUUGCAAAACACUUUCAAUAUGGCAGUGCUUGAAUGUUUCUCCCAGGAAUUGGAUCUGUCUGGGAUGCAGGUGGAUGUCGCUUUACGAAAGUUCCAAGCCUAUUUCAGAAUGCCCGGCGAAGCGCAGAAAAUCGAGCGACUGAUGGAGGUCUUCAGCCAGCGUUACUGUCAAUGCAAUCCCGACGUAAUAUCGAGGCUGCGGUCGGCAGACACCGUUUUCGUUCUGGCCUUUGCUAUUAUUAUGCUUAAUACGGAUUUACACACGCCGAAUCUGAAACCCGAGCGCAGAAUGAGACUCGAGGAUUUUAUAAAGAAUCUUCGCGGAAUCGACGAUUGCGGCGACAUAGACAGAGACAUUCUAGUUGGCAUUUACGAACGGGUGAAGGAUAACGAAUUCAAGCCGGGCUCAGACCAUGUGUCACAAGUAAUGAAGGUUCAAGCGACCAUUGUUGGAAAGAAGCCAAACAUGGCGCUGCCGCAUAGAAGAUUGGUGUGUUACUGCAGGCUCUAUGAGAUACCGGACAUUCACAAGAAGGAGAGACCCGGCGUUCAUCAAAGAGAAGUUUUUCUUUUCAACGACUUGCUCGUCGUUACAAAGAUUCUCAGCAAGAAGAAGAAUAGUGUAACUUACACUUUUCGGCAGAGCUUUCCACUCUGCGGCAUGGUAGUUACUCUAUUCGAGGUUCCUCAUUAUCCAUACGGCAUAAGACUCUCUCAGCGUGUCGACGGAAAGGUUCUAGUCACAUUUAACGCCCGGAACGAGCACGACAGAUGUAAAUUCGUGGAAGAUCUCAGGGAGUCCAUCAGCGAAAUGGACGAGAUGGAGACCUUACGUAUCGAGACCGAAUUGGAGAGGCAAAAGAGCAGUAGAGGCGCACGCGGCGGCGCGGAAAAUAGAGACUCCGGUGUCGCCGAUGUGGAGAUAUGCCCUUGUCCCGGAACUUGUUCCGACAGAGCAGAGACGGUCGACGUCGACACGCAAUUGAAACGUUCCGCCCUUAGCAAUUCACUUCUGGACAUACACGAGCAGUUUGCCGGUGAGAAGCCGCAGCGUCGUGGAAGCGUGGGUUCUCUAGAUAGCGGUAUGUCUAUUUCAUUUCAAUCUACUUCUGCCAGCUCAAUGAGCCAAGGCAUUAAGCACCCCGGACAAGUUCAUUCUAUUCACUCAGGGGCUACGAUCCCUGGCGCUGGUGGUAAAGGACUGGCUCAGCAGCCGUCUUUUUUAGGAGGUCUCUUUGCCAAACGAGAGCGAAAGCUAUCGCAAUCUGAAGAGUCCGGCCCUUACAGUCGUACUACGGAAGUAUAAUGUGUAUACUCUUCCAGUAACAUAAAUAAGGUAUACCUUUGUAUACUCGCUUUCUUCUAGUGCGCUUCGUGUUUCCAACAAAGUAAAUAAAAAAAAAAAAGAAUAUACUGUAUCGCGAUAACGACGAUUUUAGAUAGCAAUAAUCACUCACUGAUUUAUACAUCUUAUGAAAUUGCAUAAUGAAAUUACGGGUGUCGUUUUUCCACAUUCAGAAUUUCCCAUCGUACCGUUUACUCUCAACUUAGAAACUUAGACGUGAGAAACGCACUUAAUACAAGCAGCAAGACUGCCGCGAGCUGUUCUCUUAGCGUACAUAAUAGAAUAGCGUCGUGUUUUUUAUACGUAUAUCACGAAGCGUGCUAAAGAAUGGAACAAUUGGUGACAUCUAAAUCCAGGAACAUAAAUUUGAAAGAUCGGGCAGGAUCCGAUCAAUAUUAUCUGGCGUAUUUGAAAAGAAAAAAAAAAUUUUUUAAACCUAUCUCUCCUCUCCCGAAAUGUGUAUAGUAUUUAUUCAUCUGAAAAGAGCUAAUGUGGACAUUUUUCAUACUGUAUUUAUAAUUUACAACACGUGAUUGAACGAUAGAAUUGUGUGUAGAUAGUUAUUAUACAUAUAUAUAUACACUUUUGCUUAGUUUUACAUAAUAGAUGGGCGUUAACAAAUAACAGAUCGUAAUAAAAAAGAAUAUCGAUUAAGUCACGAGAAUACAAGAUACUUUAUCGAGAGGAGCUCUAGCUGUAUCGCUAUCAGCAAGUAUUAUCACUCUCACCGAUUCGAGCAAUUGUAAAUAGUAGACGUAUGACAUUCGGACCGAGUUAUCAUGUGUAACAAGAAUGAAGUUAGUGUAAGGAAAACGAUAAGCAAUCUCUAUCGAUGUUAGGUGCAUGUUGAUGUCUAAUGAUUUUUAUUAUCGGAAAUGUGAAGUUUGAAUGUAGCAAUGAAAUAAGACUUAACAUAAAUCGUGUUUGUCACUAUAGCGACCUACUUGAUAAUCAUUUACGAGAAGUAGUUUUGCUUAUUGUAUGUUGAAAUUUUGACUCAAAGUUGUUCGAAUUUUCACUAAAAGGAAAAAAAAAAAAAAUUCAGCAUGUUAAAUAUACCCAUGAUUAAUUCGUUUUUCGCCUUUCGCGAUGAGUAGACGAGUAAAUCUAAACGUCGUAAUAGUGUCAUGAGAAUAAACACAUAGGCUAAGAUACAUACGCGAAAUAAAAACGAAAAAAAAAGAAAAAGAAGAGAACGCGCAUGCCUUAUAUACUGCCACGAUAAUUCUCGCGCGGCCGAGAAACGAAUUAAUUAAAUCGUAGAAAACUCGAAAGUUCUUCAAGAGCUGUGGAAUUGUAUGACGAACUAAUUAAUCGUGUACAUAGCGCUGACCGCAACGUCGGCAAGCUGUAAACAAGCAAUGGCGUUUAUUAAUUUAACGAUAAUCCCCGUUAAAGUAAUGCAUCUAUAUAGGAGGAGUGUUUAAUAUAUUUAUUUUAAGUUUUACCUUUACAUUUGUUCUCAAGCUGUCCCUUCCUCUUUUUUUAAAUAUCGAGAGUUUCAACCGACAACCAAAGGAUUUCACUAAUAUUAUAAAAGAAAGAGAGAGAGAAAGAGAGAGAGAGAGAGAUGUUUUCGACGGGCCGCAAUUUUAUUUAGCAAUAAGUAUUAUAUAAUCAUUGUUAAUUUAAAAUAAAAACUUAUAUUGGCAAGGUAUGAGAUGCGGUCAAAGAUAUUCUAAAUACAAAUCAUCACAUAAGUAAAACAUCGGAAUUUUACGAAUAAAAAUCUUGCGCGCAAAAAAUUAUUAAAAAAAAAAAGUAUCGAUCGUAGAAAUAAGUAUGUUGCGCUGACAAACUUUUAUACAUAUUGCAUGAUCGACUACGUUUUAACUUUGUGCUUAUCACGUCUGCUAAUAUUGUUACCAAUUGACUCUUAAUAUGGACGAUUCGUACUACUAAUGCGCUUUAUAACGUUGUAAACGAUUGAAUGUUGAACACUCCGUUCUAUUUAUAAUUCUAAUAAAAAAAGAAAGCAAAGAACGUAAUUGUUGAAAUUGUCGACGGACAAUACGUAUUCCUGUUGACAAUACAUUUUGUUUACAGAAAAGGAAGAAGAUAAAUAGAGGGACAUUUCUAUGCUUUAUGUGCCUGUUGCGAAAUUUUUUGAUAUUAACUAGCUACAAAUCAUGAAUUCAUUCUAGUCUUUCUCAUCGGUACAAUAUACACAGUACAUUCUUCAUACGAAGAUAUGCGGGAUUAAUUUGCUAAAGUAAUUUCCUAAAUUUCAUUGUACAAAUACACAUGAUUAACUUAGAUACACAUCAAA